CUCGUGGUAUCCGAGCCGCGCUGAUGGUGCCCGUGGUCGCGGCGCGGCCGAGUGCCCCGGGACGGGCCGUGCGGGGCUGUGCCUGCGGCGUCUGCAGACGGGGAGGGCUUGGAGCGUGGCGGGGGGGAUCUGAAGAAGUGCAGCAGAGAUGACUCUCCAUGAUAUGGUGGCUCAGGCAGCCAGCCUGCACUCAGGUAGAAAAGCUGUUUGGUUUGAUGAAUGCAAUGAUGGACCUCCAACUUUCUACACGUAUGCAACAGUGAUUAAACAUGCCAUGGAAUUAACAGCUUUCCUUCAGAAGUACUGUGAUCCUCAAGGAAGGUGUGAAAUAGGCCUUUACUGCUGUCCUGGAAUAAACUUACCAUCUUGGAUCUUAGGAAUCCUUCAGGUUCCAGCUGCUUACUGUCCUAUUGAUCCGGAUGCCCCACCACUAUUGUCUACUUACUUCAUGAGGAAAAGCAAUCUUCAAUAUAUUCUUGUUGAAAAUGACAAAAUAAAACAAUUCCAGACAUCCCAUGUCGGUUGGUUGUCCCACAGUUCUUCCACAAUAGAACAUAUUGGUUUAACUCUCUUCCAAAUGCGUUGGAGCAGUACUGAUGUUAAUUUGCAAGCAGACAAUGUGAAAAGUAAAUCUGAAGCUUUCAAAGUUAUGGGUAACUCACAGCUAGGAAAUACUGUCUGCCCAGAGCAUCUCAAAAUAGAAACAUCAGGAGGAGGACACAAGGAUGUUGGCCAGAAAUGCUCUUUAGCGUACAUCUUGCAUACAUCAGGAACUACGGGGACCCCCAAAAUAGUCAGAGUGCCUCAUACAUGUAUAGUGCCAAAUAUUCAGCAUCUUAAAUCAAUUUUUGAGAUCACCCAGGAUGAUGUGCUGUUCUUGGCUUCUCCUCUAACGUUUGACCCAUCUGUGGUCGAAUUGUUCGUUGCUCUGACAAGUGGAGCCUCUAUUCUUAUAGUACCAAAUGCUGUUAAAAUGAUGCCUGUGGAGCUGUCUACUGUCCUGUUUAGCCAUCACCAUGUGACAGUGUUGCAGGCAACACCAACACUUCUCAGAAGAUUUGGAACUCACAUUAUUAAAUCAACAGUAUUGUCUGCAAACACUUCACUCCGAGUCUUAGCCCUUGGUGGUGAGGCAUUUCCCAUACUGAAUCUCUGGAAGAGUUGGAAGCACAGGGAGAACAAAACAAGUAUUUUUAAUCUGUAUGGUAUAACUGAGGUUUCAAGCUGGGCCACUUGCUACAGGAUUCCUGAAGAGGUUUUUAGGACUGAUUUUAGAACUGAUUUCCCCAUCCCUUUGGGAUCACCGCUCCUUGGAACAACGGUUGAGAUCAGAGAUGCCAAUGGUUCUGCAGUUCUAGAAGGCGAGGGACAAAUAUUUAUAGGUGGUGAAGAACGAAUCUGCUUUCUUGACGAUGAGAUAAUUGUACCACAGGGCACAAUGAGAGAAACAGGGGAUUUUGUAAAAGUGCAGAAUGCAAAGAUAUUCUUUUUGGGUCGGAAAGACAAUCAGAUUAAACGUCAUGGCAAACGUUUUAAUAUUGAAUGUUUGCAGCAGGCUGCUGAAGAUCUUGGUCAGGUAGAAGCUUGUGCAGUGACCUGGUAUCAGCAGGAAAAACUUAUCCUAUUUGUGGUUCCCAGGGGUGAUUUGGAAGAGAGAGAAAUUCUUCGUGAACUCCAAAAACGUCUGCCAACUCACGGAAUUCCUGAUGAGCUUGUACAGAUUAAAACUUUGCCCUUAACAUCACACGGCAAAGUUGAUAUAUCUGAACUGAACAAGAUUUACCACUACCAUCUAAACUCCAGAAGGCGUGACAGUAAGCUGAGUGGCGCAGAGGAACUGUGGGAAAGAUUGCAGUAUUUAUGGAAGUCUGUUCUGGAUCUCUUAGAUGAUUCAAGUGGAAUUUCUAAAGAUGCAGUAUUUUUGUACAGUGGUGGAGACUCUUUAAAAGCACUACAGUUUUACGAUGAAAUUGAGAUGCUAGUAGGCAGAGGUGUGCCUGGGCUCCUUGAAGUUAUUCUCAGCCACUCAAUUGAGGAGGUUUAUAAGCAUAUUCUUAAAACUCUGUUUCCAGAUGAAGACCAUCUAAUAAAUGAUGACAAUGUUUUGAAAAGAAAACUAAGUAAAAACAGUGGAGAGGAAAUUCACAGAAAAUAUGCUAAACUGAAAUCUGAAGGAUAUCUUAAGGUUCCUCCAGGAUUAAUUUCUUUUAUAGCACUGAGAAGAGGAAAUCAUUUUUUUUCUAUGGAUUUCACCAACUCUUUUAUGCAACCCAGUAGUACAAUACAGGUGGGAGGGGAAUCACUACAACAACCAUCCUUUCUGUGUGCCGUGACUCCGAGUAUAACAAAAAGCCACGUGCAAGGGCAUGAAAAGGAGAACAGAACUUUAACAAUUACCAACAAAGAAAAUAAAACUGACUGCUGCUCUGUGCAGCAAAUCUGUGCAGAAUGCUAUCAUGUAACAACAGCAGAGUUGACAUUAUGCACAAGAUGGAAGUCAAAUACAAGAAAAUGCGUUGAUGCAUCACCGUUGAUUGUAAUAUCAUCUAAAGAUGAAGAAUCUGCGUCUGUGUUUGUUGGCUCACAUUCUCACACAAUGCAGGCUAUUGAUCUAGAUACAGGAAAAGUGAAAUGGCAGAAGAACCUUGGAGAUCGUAUUGAAUCUUCUGCCUGUGUAUCAAAGUGUGGAAAUUUCAUUGUUGUCGGUUGUUAUGAUGGCUUAGUGUAUGUGCUGCAAAGCACUGAUGGAGAAACAUACUGGACAUUUGCCACAGAGGACACUGUGAAAAGCUCUGCAGUGGUAGAUCCUUCCAGUGGACUAGUCUACAUAGGAUCACACGACCAACAUGUGUAUGCUUUGGAUAUUUAUGAAAAGAUGUGCGUAUGGAAAUUGCAUUGUGAAGGUGGAGCUGUGUUUUCGUCUCCUUGUCUGAGCUCUUUUCCACAUCAUGUUUAUGUUGCUACACUAGGAGGACUGUUACUGGCUGUCAACCCGGUGACAGGGAAUAAGAUUUGGAAGAGUUUCCUGGGAAAACCACUUUUCUCUUCUCCUCACUGCAAUGAGAAGUGUGUUUGUAUUGGAUGUGUGGACGGAAACUUAUAUUGUUACACUCAUUGUGGAGAAAAGGUUUGGCAGUUUUCCACUAAUGGACCAGUGUUUUCAUCUCCGUGCAUCUCAAGCUUAACUAAGCAAGAAGUAUUUUUUGGAUCCCAUGAUCACUUUAUUUACUGUUGUAAUACAGAGGGUGAUUUACUAUGGAAAUUCAAAGCCACCUCGACUGUAUAUGGAACACCAUUUGUUUUCCAAAGUAAUGACUCAAAGAACAAAGUUCUUUUGGCAACAGUAUCUACAGAUGGCAAAGUGUGGAUCCUGAAUGCCAGGAGUGGAAUAGCAGAAGGAAUAGAUACGCUUCCAGGAGAGGUUUUCUCAUCACCUGUAGUAUGGGGAACAAAGCUCGUUGUUGGCUGUAGAAAUGAUUAUGUUUAUUGCCUAGAUUUGUACACAACAGGAAAAAAGAAACAAGGAGGAUGUUAGACUGCUGCUGCUUAAUUGUUUACAUUUGUAAAUGAAGAACUUGAAGGCAAUGUCUACCUCUCUGCCUAUUUUGCUUUAGGCAAGAACUGCUUUGUGCAGUUCCUCAGCAUUUUGCACCACUGCAAAUGCAGGUAAGUGAUGUUUGUUGACUUGCUGUACUGACUGAAGGAUGACUGCUCAGCACUAGUCACAAGUUUCACUGUCCCUCCCUCAUUUCCCUGCUCAGACUGAUGAAAGAAAGUGUGUUUCAAAUCAUUUGGAUCUGAGUGUUUUGCUUUUACCUGUGUAGCAGGAAAAUGAAAGUCAGUAGUUUGGCUUCAAGUACUUGCAUGGCUGGAAGAAACUCUGGUAAGAUGCCACACUGUGCAACUGGAAUUAACAUUCUCGUCUCCCCAAGGGAGGAAUGUAUUCCUUUCUGUGAAUCCAGCCUAGCCUAUGCCUGCCUCUUGCAGGUGUUGGACUACUGUUUAUCUAGUUUGAUUGGAAUUCCAUUAGAUGCUAAGGUAGCCAACAUUCUUUGUUCAGUUUAACUUUAAUUGAUUUCUGAGGAUAUAGCCUGCAUUCUGUGUACAUAAUUAAUAUUAAUAAUCUAUAGCACGUUGGGGCCCUUCCUGGCUUCACUUCAGCUAAGUCUGUAUUUUUCUCUGUGGAAGUCAGUACCAGUCACUUACUGUAUUCUAAAGUGUCUAUUAAAUGUCAAUGACAAUUCCUAGAUGAGUUCCUAGAUGAGAUGGGUAGUGUUCAAAUCAAAGCUUGCCAAAUUAUUUUUGAAGAAAUUUCAAUUAAUGCUAUAGUGUUUACAGAGUACUAUUCAUAAGGGAUUGUAUAGGUUUUUGGUGUUGUCAUAAACACCUUAAAAAGAAUUACUGUCAGUAAUGCAAAGCAAGGAUUUGCAGACAGAAGUACUCUUAACUCAAGAGUAUCUGCCUGAUUACAAACCUUCUUAAAGAACUAUUGUAGAAGCUAUCAGUCAUCUCUCUCCUUGUGAACCACUUACUUCGACUUCUAACAUUCUGAGUUAGUUUAAAAACGUAAAUAGAAGUUGCAGAGGCUAAUUACAUGUCUUGUUCAUCCAUUUUACUGUUAUGAGACAUGCACAGGCAAGACACUUGUGGCAGCAGAAGUUCCAUUAUAAAGCAAACCUGAAGUACACAGACAGCAAAAAGAGACACAGAAUUGAUACAUCCCUGAUAAGAUAAUUUUGACUGGGUUAUAGUUUAAUUAGAAUUAAAAUGACAUUAGUAUAAUAAACAAUUGCACUUUAAAACAUUUGAAAAAUUAAAAAAGUACACAACAAAUACCCCACAAUUAUACAUCUUAUAGUUUUUUAUACAUUACUAUAUGAACAUAGAGGUUAAUCAUAUAUAACCUGGUCAGAAGAAAUGCUAUUAAUGUGUAUAAGUUACAAAAAUUGAGACAAUAUACUACAUAGUGGUUUGUUUGGUUUUUAAAACAUUUUUGUGUUUUAAAGUCAGAAGUAAUGGUUUGUGUUGGUUGGGUUUUAUUCGUUGUUGUUGUUUUUUAAACAGAUUUCCAACACUUUAUCAGAAACAGCUGCAACAAAGCUAAAGCAAAGUAACACUUCACUUCAUUGGUAUUUAGUGCAAAUUUUUGUUAGUUUAUCAUGAAAUGUCACUGUUGAACAUGUACUUUUUAGAAAUGUUUCCAUCAAGUUCUGUACAUAAUACAGAUUCCAUUAUUACACUAGAUACCUUUAUGGUUGAAAAAACAAUCUGAUUUGAAGCUUUAGCUUAAGACCAUCCUUAACAAAAGCUCUGUUCUAUGUGCUAUAAGUGUAUUGUAUUGGAAAAUUGCAUCGUUAUGUCAUGCACAACAGCACCUCAUUAUGCUAUGCUUUCUGGAAUACUUUAAUCCUGACUUACUUCACCUUCUCUGUAUUAAACUUGUAUCCCUAUCCCAAGGAAUAAGCCUAAAGACAGAUUUCAGGCAGUUUAGUUCUUGUAACUACAAAUACAUAUUGCAGGCUUACAAAAUUCACAAAAACAAUAGAUUUAAGAAGUACUAAUUCAUGAUGCUAGCAGAGCAGAAAUAAUUAUGGGCCAAAUUCUUUCCUCAGAAAAUUCUUUGCAAAAAUUUUACUAUGUAGCAGUAAGUAUUUUUUUCCAAAUAUUUGAGAACAGCAUUGCCUCGUCUCUGUAUAAAACAUUCUAAAUACUUACAUUAAUGGAAAAAAUGUUACUUCACAGGUUUGGGUUUUAAAUAUGAAAAUGAGCAAAAGUGAUGGCUUAGGAGGCUCAAAAAAACCCAUCUUGCUGCUAUUCUCAUUUCCAUCUACCAUGUCCUGCGUGUUUGUACUGUUGUAACCACAAUAGCAAACCUUUGCUUUCUCUUUGAUGGGAAACUGGGUAUUCAGUAAUGAUUCUACUGUCGAGCCCUUAUUGAUUCUUGGGAUGGGAAUUCAUGGCAGAUUUCAUUCUGUUUUCUGCAUAAUUUAAAGUGCUACUGCUCAUGCUGCAUACAGCAGUUUGGCUAAAGUAUUUCCAUGAAAUGCACGUGGUAUUCAUUCUAUAACGAUAUAACUUCUUUCCAUCAAAAUUAUCACCCUUUAUAGUGCUUUAGGUCUAAAGUGCCUUUGAGCCUUACCAUUACUAAGAGAUCAUCAAAUUUAUUAAAUAUGACCUUGUAAAACCUUGUUGGGCAUGUUACAGGUUUGUUAACUAGGGUGACUUUUAAAAAUAUAGACAUAGCUAUUUCUGUGGGAUAUUAAGGAUAAUAAAAUUUUUAUUAUAUUAUGG